UAAUAGUGUAAUACGGAGAUACAAAAAGAGGCCCGCCCGAAAUGUCGUAGUGAAUUUCAAAGCGUUUUCAAGUUCACUCCAAAAUCACAACUACAGUAGAGCUCCAUUUGCUUUGAAGCUUUACCGACUGUCUGAGCUUCUCAUCCAACCUUAAAAUUGAUCUUCCAUCUUCAAAGUUUGCAUAAACCCUAAAACCCUCCGAUAAACCCAAAUUCUCCCCUUUUCACAUUUUUAAUCUCUCUGAAAAUUCAAUCUUCGCCCAAAAAUGUUCACUCCUUCAACGACGAAGAAGAAAUCGAACUACAGUACCUUCAAAAAUCCAAAUGCCACCCAGCAGAAGACGAUAUCCUUCGAUUCUUCGCCGAUAACUCCGCUUGCGGCGAAUCGUAAUUCCCUUACCGACGGUUCGAUCCCUAAUCGCCCCCAAACUGGCACUCCUGCUCCUUGGGCCUCUCGCCUAUCUGUUCUUGCCAGAAUCCCUCCAGCAAAGAAAAGUGAAGACAAUAGAGAAUCAGCAGAACCUGUGUAUGUUGGAGACUUUCCACAAGCUGUUCAUGAUGAACAGGCAAAUGUCAUGCGGAAUUCUGUCCCAGGUGAUGCAUGCAUUGCUGGUGGGAUGGACAAGGAAUAUGGUUUGUCUUGGAUGAUUUGUGGAAGUAAACUUUUUGUAUGGAGUUACCUAUCACCUGCUGCGUCGAAGAGAUGUGUGAUUCUUGAUCUCCCAUCAGAUGUUUCCGAAAUCAGCAAUAGAAAUGCAUACCUUGGUGAUACUUGGUUGCUUUGUCUCAUCAAUUGGGAAAAUGUUCACCAGAGCAGCAGUUUUGUAAAGCAGUUGACCUCAGCUGGAGUCGUUCUAUGCAAUCAAAGAAGUCGAGCUAUUGUGUAUUGGCAUGAUAUAUAUUCAGAUGACAGGGUUACUCCUAGAAUCAGUCUUGCAUCUCCUGAAGAGCUGGGAAUUUCUUCAAUGGGGAAUGGAAAAAGUCCUCCGACCCGAUUGCAAUCAGACAACAGGCUAGAAAGCCUUUCAUAUAAUCAGAGUGUUUUUAAUUCCUUGAUUGUCUCUGCAAUCCCUUCCAAUUACCAUGCUUGUGUUGCACUUGCCACUAGUUCCAACGGUGAAUUCUGGCAAUUUAUUUGCAGUCCUGCUGGAGUUCUCCGUCAGAAUGUAUGUCAUAUCUUGUCAACUUCUAUUAGUGGCUGUAGUCAUCCUUCUGUGAGUAAGGGGUAUCCAAGAUCUCUUUUGUGGCGUUUUCCAUCCCUACAGAUGGAAAAUUCACAUAGGCAGUUUUUCUUAUUAACUGAUCAUCAAAUACAGUGCUUCAGCAUUGAACUUUCACCUAAUCCAACUUUGUCGAAACUCUGGUCCCAUGAGAUCAUCGGCACUGACAAUGAUCUAGGAAUUAAGAAAGACUUGGCGGGUCAGAAGAAAAUAUGGCCUUUGGAUAUUCAGGUAGAUGAACGUGGUAAAGAAUUAACCAUUCUUGUUGCUAUAUUUUGCAAGGAUCGUCUAAGCAGUUCAAGCUACACACAGUAUUCUCUUUUGACUAUGCAAUACAAAUCUGGUUUAGAUGAAACCUUAAAGGGCUUUACGUAUGGAAGCGUGUUAGAGAAGAAGUCCCCUGUACAAGUUAUUAUUCCGAAGGCAAGAGUGGAAGAGGAGGAGUUCUUACUUUCAAUGAGACUGAGAGCUGGGGGAAAACCUUCAGGAUCGGCUGUCAUACUCUCCAGAGAUGGAACUGCAACUGUCUCCUAUUUUUGGAGAAACGCAACCAGGCUUUACCAAUUUGAUCUCCCGUAUGAUGCUGGAAAAGUUAUUGAUGCUUCCGUAUUUCCUUCUACUGAUGAUACCGAGGAGGGUGCCUGGGUUGUACUAACUGAGAAAGCCGGAGUCUGGGCUAUACCCGAGAAGGCUGUUUUGUUUGGUGGAGUUGAACCUCCGGAGCGAAGCUUGUCACGCAAAGGAAGCUCGAAUGAAAAGACUAGUGGGGAAGAAAAAAACCUUCUGUUUUCAGCUGGUGUUUCUCCUGGGAAAGCUGGUGUAGAUGCUCGGGAUAUUGAUGCUAUGCAGAGGGCUGGGUUUACCGGGGUUGUUGGCAGGAAUGCUCAAGAUGAAGAAGCAGAGGCCUUACUGAAUCGCCUGUUUCAUGAUUUUCUCUUGUCAGGCCAGGUUGAUGGGUUUCUUGAAAAGCUGAAUAAUGCUAGGGCAUUUGAGAGGGAUGCAGAAACUAAUGCGUUUGCUCGGGCAAGCAAAUCAAUUGUUGAUUCGCUGGCUAAGCAUUGGACAACUACCAGGGGUGCUGAAAUUGUUUCCUUGGCUGUUGUAUCGAACCAACUUGCAGAGAAGCAACAGAAACAUGAAAAAUUUCUUCAGUUUCUGGCUUUAUCCAAGUGCCAUGAAGAAUUAUGUAUGAAACAAAGGCAUGCUCUCCAAAUUAUUUUGGAAGAUGGUGAAAAGCUGACUGGCAUUAUUCAGCUUAGGGAACUGCAAAAUAUGAUCAAUCAGAGCCGUUCAAUUGGAGUCAGCCCCCAGCUUUCAAGUGCCAAUGGGGAAGUUUCAGGUUCUUUAUGGGAUUUAAUUCAGAUAGUUGGUGAGAGAGCCCGCAGAAAUACCGUUCUUUUGAUGGAUAGGGAUAAUGCUGAAGUGUUCUACAGUAAAAUCUCUAAUCUCGAAGAGGUAUUUUAUUGCUUGGACAGGCACUUGGAUCACAUUGUAAAUGUGGGUCAGCCAUUUAAGGUUCAGGUCCAGCGAGUUUGUGAACUGUCAAAAGCAUGUGUGACUUUACUCCGCUGUGCUAUGCACUAUAAAAAUGAGCAUCAUAUGUGGUAUCCACCUCCUGAUGGCUUGGUGCCUUGGUAUAGCCACCCUGUUGUGCGUGAUGGGCUUUGGAGCAUUGCGUCUUUUAUGAUUAAAAUUUUGGAUGAUUCAUCUGGAAUUGAUUUGUCUUCUAAGUCAGAUAUAUGUUCUCAUCUGGAGGUUCUAGCUGAUGUAGUACUAGAGGCAUAUGUUGGUGCUAUCACUGCGAAAGUUGAGCGCGGGGAAGAGCAUAAAGGCCUCUCAGAUGAGUAUUGGAGAAAGAGGGAUACACUUCUUGACUCCCUCUAUCAACAGAUUAAGGUUUUUGUGAAUGCUAGAUUCCAGGAUUCAGUUGUUGAGAAAGAACAGAAAGAAGUAAUUCUUAGGGAAUUAUCGUCAAAUUUGUUGUCUGUUGCAAGGCGGCAUGAAGCCUACUGUACUCUCUGGAACAUUUGCUGUGAUCUCAAUGAUUCUACUCUUCUUAAACAGCUUAUGCACAAAAGCAUGGGAGCAAGAGGAGGGUUCAGUUAUUUUGUUUUCAAGCAAAUGUAUGAGAAUGGACAAUUUCCAAAACUUCUGAGGCUAGGGGAAGAGUUUCCUCAGGAGCUUGAAACUUUCCUAAAGGACCACCCGGAUCUCCUAUGGUUUCAUGAAGUUUUUCUUCAUCAAUACUCUGGUGCUUCAAAAACUCUUCAUGGUUUGGCACUUUCUGGAGAUGAAAGAUCGUUUUCAGCUGCUGGAAAGGAGGCAGAACUAGAUUCUGGAACAAAAGACUUAACAUUGCCUGAAAGGAAGCGUCUCUUACAUCUGUCAAAGAUAGCUGCUAUUGCAGGUAAAGAUGCUGUCUAUGAGGCAGAAAUAGAACGUAUUGAUGCAGACUUGAAGAUUUUGAAGUCACAGGAGGAUAUCUUGAAUCUGUAUCCUGACGACUUAGAGAAGCAGAAAAUUGGACGUCGACUCCUCCCUCCUUGGGAUCUUAUAAAAUUGUGCCUUAAAGGUCAGACACCAGAGCUGUUAUUAAGGGCUUUUGAUGUGUUUGCUUGGACAAGCUCUUCCUUCCGCAAAUCCAAUAAAACACUUUUAGAAGAGUGCUGGAGAGGUGCAGUUGAUCAGGAUGACUGGCAAAAGCUCUAUCAGUUUUCCAUAGCGGAAGGUUGGAGUGAUGAGGACACAAUACGGGUUCUGCAGAAAACAAUGCUUUUCCUGGCAGCAAGAAGGUGUUAUGGACCGGAAUCUGAAAUGUAUGAUGGAGGUUUUGAUGAAGUGUUACCAUUGAGGCAAGAGAGCAGUGAGCUGCCAAAUAUGCAAGAUUCUGGUUCUUCUGUUGAAGUGAUUUUGAUGCAGCAUAAAGACUUCUCAGAUGCUGGCAAGCUAAUGCUGACUGCUCUGAUGCGGGGAAGUGAACAAGUAGAUAUUGGUGGGGCAGACGGGCCAAUUCCCAUGGAGUAGUAGCAGUACGAUGAUUGUGAUAAUGUAGGAGAGCAGGUUUGUAUCUGAGGGUUUAUGAUCCCUUCCAAAAAAAUGAAAAAGAACUUUAGCAUAGAUUUAGAUUUUACUGUAAAUAUGAGCAUCCUCUAGUAUCAUUAAAGGCCUUGCAGACAUACAGUUUUGCUGGAAUCUAAAGAUAACAAAAAAGAAGAAGUGAAGUUAUUUGUUGGAGUAAAAUAUUGGUUUUAUCCUUGAAAAACAAGAAAAAUCAGAGGUUCCCCUUACGGCUGCACAUAGUUCAGCCAAAGUUAGAAGACAUCUACUGUGUACUGUGGAAUAGCCAACAUGUACCUUGUAGAGUUGUAGCACGUUAUUAUUAUUUGAGUGAAAUGUACCUUGUAGCAUGUUUACUA